GAAAAAAUCUCAAGGUGGGAAAAUAUGGAGAAAAACAUAUUAGCCAAGAUAUUUGGGAUGCUCAACGUUGUUGAUAUAAUCAAGGGGACAUCUCGCGUCUGUAUCUCUUGGUUCCUUGCUUCUCACAACAAAUCUUUAUGGAAGACUAUAGACUUAAGUAAUCUCAAGUCAAUUAUUUCAAAAAUUCCUGAUAAGGCAGACCCUCUGUCUAAUGACGAAGAACACCAAUAUGAGCUCAGAAAUAUAUUGGCUGAGAUAACUAAAUUUAACAGCUCAGUCACGACAAAUCUAGUUUUUGAUAACUGUUACUAUAUACAAGAGGAGGAACUCGCGAUCAUUGCUCCAACGAUGCCAAACGUAAAAAAAUUGUCACUGCCGCUCUAUCAUAAUCUAAAUGAGAAUUCACUAAUGUUUACAUUCAGCCAGUGGAAGAAUCUCCAAACGUUAGUCAUUACUCAACCUGGUUUACCCAUUAGAAAUGCUAACUUUCGCGCCAUUGGAGAGAACUGCAAGAACCUCACCAGCCUAAAGCUUAUCCGGCUUUUAGACAAUGACUUAGCCUAUCAAAUUGUGAGUUACUUCUCAAACCUGGAGAGUUUAAGCUUCCGAGGUGCAGCUUUAUACAUAGAUGCACUAUUGUCGCUUGUCACUGAUCACCAAAACCUCGGGAACCUAAAUCUUUCACAUUGCUUAUACAUAGAUUGUAAAGGAUUUGCUAAUGUAUACUACAAUAACUACAUAAAGGCGUCAGGUUUAGAGACCGAAAAUAUCGUACAAACUGCCACUCAAAAGCUUGACACAUUUAUCGUGUGUUCAAAUCAUUGCGAGACAUGCAACGAGUUGCGGGGACGUAUGCGAGGCCGUUGGGAUUUUCACUGCAACUACUGUAUGUUGUCCAAUGAGCAAUGGAAAACUGAUGAGAUAAAGGAACUUAAGUUUUAA